CUCACAGCACUGCAGACGUGUCUGAGUGAGGCUGCUGUUAUAACACUGAGGAGUGCGCUUUAUUAUAAUCGCAGACUCCAACACGAAGAUGUUUCAGGAACAUACUCGGGAGAUUCUCCAUCAAGUGGACGCAAAAAAAAAUCUCAUCCGCCAUGGAAGUUUAGAAGAAAAGGUGGAUCUCCUGACACUGGUCAAAAAGAAGAAGAAGUCAAUUUUUCCCCCUGAGUAUGAGGUGAUGACUUCCACUCUUGGUAAUCUUGUCCCAGCAUUCGCUGGAUUCUCUGAGUUUGAAGAAACAACCCUCAUCAAGGAUUACAAGCACACUGGCCGGAGCUCUGGGAGCGCCAGCGUACAAGGAGGUGUUGACAUAGCUUCAGCUGGAGUCAGUGCAGGAGCACUCAGACACAGAGAGACUUCAUCUGUCGACAUUAAUGCAAAGACAGCAAACUUAAGCAAGAUGAGGGAGAUAUGUCUUGGCCAGAAGAUAAACCAUGUCCACAUGCCAACACUGAGGAAGGGAGAGGUGUUGGGUUUUGUGAGCAAGAUUGUGUUCAACACAAACGAGGUCCACCUCCAUGGAAGAACUAAAGUGGACGGCUCCUGUGAAGCACGUUAUAACAUAAUGAAUUUCUCUCUGAAGGUCAAGAUGAAGGACAACAGUUCCUAUACUGUACCAGCAGGACACAUUUAUGGCUACAGGUUCAAUGAGAUCAAAUUCAAGGAAGAGGAGGACGUCGAAUUUACUUGCAGGUCUCGCAUUGAGUAUGUUGGUGGUAAAGCGGAGGAACAGCCUCUCAGCCCUCCCAGUCCGAUAAGAUCCGGUGGAGCCCGGCCGUAA